ACAGUGGCCCAGCGCCUUGGACCUGGUGGAGGUAGCAGCGGCAGCGACAUGGCCUUUGCCUCUGAGGACAAUGUAUACCACAGCUCCAAUGCUGUCUACAGAGCCCCGAGUAACCAUCAAGAAGCUGACCAGGAAGCCCUGCUGGGGAAACUACUAGACUACCCAGCCCCGGGCCUGCAGAGGCCAGAGGAUCGCUUCAAUGGUGCCUACAUCAUCUUCUUCUGCCUGGGAAUUGGGGGCCUACUGCCCUGGAACUUCUUUGUCACUGCUAAGGAGUACUGGGCAUAUAAACUCCGAAACUGCUCCAGCCCAGCGUCCGGGGAGGACCCUGAGGACAUGGACAUCCUGAACUACUUUGAGAGCUACCUGGCAGUUGCCUCCACUGUGCCCUCCCUGCUGUUCCUGGUGGCUAACUUCCUGCUUGUCAACAGGGUCCAGGUGCACGUCCGUGUUCUGGCCUCACUGUCCGUGUCCCUGGCCAUCUUCGUGGUUAUGAUUGUGCUGGUGAAGGUGGAUACUUCCUCCUGGACCCGAGGCUUCUUCAGCCUCACCAUCGCGUGCAUGGCCAUCAUUAGCAGCUCCUCCACCAUCUUCAAUAGCAGCGUUUACGGCCUCACAGGCUCCUUCCCCAUGAGGAAUGCCCAGGCACUGAUAUCAGGAGGAGCCAUGGGAGGGACAGUCAGUGCCGUGGCCUUGCUGGUGGACCUGGCAGCAUCCAGUGAUGUGCGGGACAGCACGCUAGCCUUCUUCCUCAUGGCAGCAGUCUUCCUUGGGCUCUGUAUGGGACUCUAUCUAUUGCUGUCCCAACUGGAGUAUGCCAGGUACUACAUGAGGCCAGUUGCCCCAGUUCGAGUGUUUUCUGGUGAAGACAACCCAUCCCAGGAUGCUCCCAGCGCCUCCUCUGUGGCCCCUGCAUCCAGAGUGAUGCACACACCGCCCCUUGGACCCAUCCUGAAGAAGACGGCUAGCCUCGGGUUCUGCGCAGUUUCCCUCUACUUUGUCACGGCCUUCAUCAUCCCCGCCAUCUCCACCAAUAUCCAGUCCAUGCACAAAGGCACCGGCUCUCCAUGGACCUCCAAGUUCUUCGUGCCCCUCACCGUCUUCCUCCUCUUCAACUUUGCUGACCUCUGCGGCCGACAGGUCACAGCCUGGAUCCAGGUGCCAGGUCCUAGGAGCAAGCUGCUCCCCGGACUGGUGGUCUCUCGGUUCUGCCUUGUGCCUCUCUUCUUGCUCUGUAACUACCAGCCGCGCUCACACUUGACCAAGGUGCUUUUCCAGUCGGACAUCUACCCAGUGCUUUUCACCUGCCUCCUGGGGCUCAGCAACGGCUACCUCAGCACGCUGGUGCUCAUCUAUGGGCCCAAGAUUGUGCCCCGGGAGCUGGCUGAGGCCACCAGUGUUGUGAUGUUGUUCUAUAUGUCUGUGGGCUUGAUGCUGGGCUCAGCCUGCGCGGCCCUGCUUGAACACUUUAUCUAGGAGGGGGCGGCAAGGAUGUGGGUACUGUGUGAGUGUGUGAGGCUUGGGUCCUUAGGAGAUGGACAGGGUAAGCCAAGGUCUCGAGGUGUUAAGCAAGGGGUUGACAUUUUGUUUGAUGCAGAGCAGAGCCCACUCAGACUGCCUUUCUCUCAGACUGCUUGUGAGCCACAUCCUUGCACAUCUUGGGCAAGGAGACAUUCCAAACACAGCCCAGCCUGGCUCAUACCUGUAAUCUCAGCAUUCAAGAGAAUGAAGCUGGAGGCCCACUGUGAGUUCAAGGCCAGCCUGGUUACAUAGUGAAACCUUUUCUCAAAAAAUAAGCUAAAAACAAAAACCCUGAGACAUUCCAAACACUUCCAGAGAACACUCCAGAGCCGACUGAAGGGCAGGGUGAGGUUGUAGCCAGGAUCUAGCCCAGUUGGUAGGAUGCUUGUUUAGCCUCCAUAGAGCCCCAGCUCCUAUCCCCAGCCCCGAAUAAGCUGGGCAUGUUAGUGAAAGCCUGUAAUCCUAGCUCUUGAAAGGUGGAAGCAGCAGGGUCAGAAGUUCAGGUCAUCCUCAGCUAUUUAGGGAGUUUGAGGCUAACCUGGGCUACAGGAGACACUGUCUCAAAAAAAAAAAGACGCAAUUGUAAAGAGUGGGGUAUGUUACAGUCAUAGCUCAUAAGUAGCCCAUCUCUAAUUUGUAUUGUCACAAGGCCAGAAGCCAGCCUCACUCUUUCCAGCUGACAUUGAGGUGGGAGAGAAUCUCAGGGCUCCCUGUUCUAAGAGAGGCUCCUGGAUUUGAGGUCCCCUCUGCAAUGGCCAGUACUCAGACUUAGGGCCCUGUCGUUGUCCUACUCUGGCCAGCGACAGGAACGACACAGACACCAAGUUGGGUUCACGCAGCAACUUUACUUCAGGCUUUUUCUUUUACAGCUCUCUUCCCCAGCAGCUUCUUCUUAGGGCAAGGGCUAAGCUACUCUUAUUCUACUUCUGGCUUCUACCUAGGGCAAGGGCUAAACAAACUCUCUUCACUACUACUGGCUUCUUUUACAACAGCUAACUUCUACCACUUACAACAGCAGCUUUUACUACUCCAUCCUUCUCGCAGCAAGGGCUAAACUUUUCUCUCUACUCGCACCGACUCACUUCCUUCUAGCUCCACCCCCACCUCAUCCAAUCAGAAUUCACAUAUGCUCCAGGAAUGAGCUUAGGUCGUUCACAGAUAGGCUGACAGGUCUGGAUCACGAGGAACUGUCCAGCCUGGCAGGCAGCCUACACAUGCAGCCUCACUGUGCAUGCUCGGGCAAGGCAGUAAACAAGUGGGUUUCACGGGGCCUGAGGCUGCACCUGCUUCCCGAAUCUCCCCCUUUUUGUUUAAUUAGUAGCUCUGGGAUCAGCAUCUGUCUUAGGUUGCCCCCAUUCGUGCCACAUCCUUACCCAUCAUCGGAGUGACGAACUCACUUUCGCCAUCCUGUCUUAGGUUGGUAUGCGCACGUGAGGGUCUUACCCGUCAUUGAUUACUGAUCCAGCAUGUUGAGCCAAUAUUAGGGGAAUGUUCCUGCUUCCAAGGCUACCAUAGCCUUGUUUAUCAGCCCUGUGCCGCCUUCGCAUAUGUGCUAUCCACCAAAGCAUUCCUCCAUACACAACAGUCAGCAGGAGCGCUCAAAAGGCCAUCCCUCCCCAAUUUUUUAAAGAGUCCCACAGUUUCCUGGAUGAUCUCCAUCCAUUGCUUUGCAGUUGCAAUCUCCACAUGGGUGUUGUUCACGGCAACAAUCGAUGCCCGUAAUUCCUUCAUCUUUGUGUCAAGAUCAUGAGUCUAAUUUCCUAGCAUCAUCACACCAAUUGCACAAGACAGAUUUGCAGCUCUGGAAAAAUUCUGAUACUGAACAGAGGUUACACAUAUUCCUGACAUAUGAGCCAAGCUCUGGCUAAGGGUGUUAAUUGGAGAAGAGAUUGUAAAUCGGAAUCUCCUUUUAAAAUAUCGAAUAACGGGCAUAACUCUGCAUUGGGAAAAUUACAAUAGGGCCGAAUCCAAUUGAUAUCUCCUAACAAUUUCUGAAAAUCAUUCAAGGUAUGCAUUUUAUCCCAUCUCUCAAUUUAGUACCUAAAUAGUGUUUUACUUCUGUCUUUUGAACCUUUUCUGGGGCUAUCACCAAAUUCCACUUCUCCAACUAUUUAGUUAGAGUCCCAAAUACUUCUUCCACUUCCACAUUAGAGGAUCCACAAAUCAAAAUAUCAUCCAUACUACGCUUUCCCUUUUUGUCUCCCUCAUCUUUAAAGGGGGGAGGAGAUGGCAACAGAGGGGCUGACAGUUCGGGCGGCCUACAGCGCCUCAACCUCCAGCGGAACAUCCAACUACAGAUGUCACUGUUGCUAUUGGUCCCAUCGCUGUCACUAGUAGACCCUUCAGAGCUAGAUUCCUUCUUCUCUUUUUUUAUCUUUGGUUUGUUGUCUAAGCUGUUUAGAUUUUCGGCGGCUAGCCUGAGAAGCAAUCUCAGCAUUGUUCUUUCCGCUAGCGUCCCUCAAGCAUGCCCUGACCAAGAUCCAAAUGGCUAACAUUUUUACUGUCAUUUUAGUCGCAGUUGAACCCAUAUCGUUUAAAUUCCCUUCGUCUCUAUUCCUGAGAACCUUAGUGCUCUGUCCCCUUUUUUCUGGGAAACCUAUCAGGCCUAUGCUUUCUUUACUUGCUGAAAUUCCUUUCGUCUCUAUUCCUGAGAUCCUUAAUGCUUCGUCCCUUUUUUCCCGGGAACCUUACCGUCAUCUCUAUACCUGAGAACCUUAAUGCUUCGCCCCUUUUUUCCUGGGAACCUCACAGGCCUGUGCUUUCUUUAAAUACGGUUGCUUACCAAAAUUUCCUUACCUCCGUUUACUAAAAUUUCCUACUGCUGUUUAUCACUGCUUACCAAAAAUUUUUUACUUACCUUUGCCGACCUACGCGAUGAGUUCCCCGUUCCCCGUAUGGGCUACCAUUUGUCGUCGUCCUACUCUGGCCAGCGACAGGAACGACAGGGACACAGGUCGGGUUCAUGCAGCAACUUUACUUCAGGCUUUUUCUUUUACAGCUCUCUUCCCCAGCAGCUUCUUCUUAGGGCAAGGGCUAAGCUACUCUUAUUCUACUUCUGGCUUCUACCUAGGGCAAGGGCUAAACAAACUCUCUUCACUACUACUGGCUUCUUUUACAACAGCUAACUUCUACCACUUACAACAGCAGCUUUUACUACUCCAUCCUUCUCGCAGCAAGGGCUAAACUUUUCUCUCUACUCGCACCGACUCACUUCCUUCUAGCUCCACCCCCACCUCAUCCAAUCAGAAUUCACACAUGCUCCAGGAAUGAGCUUAGGUCGUUCACAGAUAGGCUGACAGGUCUGGAUCACGAGGAACUGUCCAGCCUGGCAGGCAGCCUACACAUGCAGCCUCACUGUGCAUGCUCGGGCAAGGCAGUAAACAAGUGGGUUUCACGGGGCCUGCGGCCACACCUGCUUCUUGCAGGGCCCCAGCACAUGCUGGUUCCUGGGCUCUGUGCCUGAGGGCAGGCUAACUAGCUGGAAAGAAAGCCCGCACAAGGCAGGCCUUCUAAGCCUUCCUCUCUGAGGCCUGGGCUCCUGAGGCUCCCUUUGUCAGGGACUGAGCCUGGUAGGCCUGGUCUCCAGAUGAGGACUGUAUGGUCCAGUGGUCUACCUACAGCCUAUUUAGGGCAUGGGGAAAUCUUUUUAACAGUCAUGUUUACGGGUUGUUGGGGUCCUUGGUUCGAGGGCAUAAUAAAUCCUGGGAUUCUCAAUGUGA